AGAAGAUGUUGCUUGUUCUUGUGGCGUUGCAGUUUUUAAGUUUUACUCAUGGCAAUAAGAAGCAUAUGAAAUCUUAUUCGCAAUGCGAGGCCAUGUCUACGAAAGAGGAGCCAAGUUUGGCAAUGGUUUUCCAGUGUCUUACUGCACACUAUAAUUUAUCUGCAACUCUAUCAGAUGUUAUGACAAAAAUGAAUCAAGUUCAACAAUAUUUAGAACAAAAUUCCAAUGAUCAGGAAUAUAUACCAUCGCCUUUUAAAAAUCUCGAUGACAUUUUAGACAUACCUAUUGAUUUAUCCCGUAAAGAUUGCCAAUACAAACGACAAAUAGUACAAGCCAUACGCAGAAAACUGGUUUGGUAUAAUGUUAUGGAAAAUAAGGAGUCCCCGCUUUUUGAGUUUGAGGAUACUGAAAAGAUAGACCCUUCUGAACCUGAAAAUGCCCCGGAAAAUGCGGUUUCACAAAUCGAUCUGAGAACCGACUAUAAAAGAGUUUUGAGGGAGAUCCGUUGUCUGCUGGCGAAAUCCAUACGAAAUACAGAUCCAACCGUUAAGGCCUCAAAAAAGAACUAAUUUCAAUACAUGGAAUAGGGUUUCUCUUAAAAUGCUUGGCU